UUGGAGUGUCUCUAUUCGUUCAACUGCGCUACAUUGGCCUUGGGGUUUAUUUCCAGAAUAUCUGCUGCCAUUGGUAUGUAAGCCAGUUUAAAACCGCUUCCUAGCUUAAAUUCGUACAUGGUUUUGGGGAAAACCCUAAAAUUCCACUAAAGGUGCGAGAUUGGGAACAUAUCUGAGAGUUGAGUCAAGCUUAUUAUUUUUACAUGCCAAUACAUAUUUCGGAUGCAUUAAUGACUAGAUUCAUUACUUUAUGCACUUCAUCCGGGCAGGUUUUGAAACUAUAUAAAUUGAUAAGUCAUCACGAUCGCAUGAUAUCACUGAAUUGUCGUCCUAUAUCAUGCACCACUGCGACGACAUUCCUUCCACUACUUGAAGGACCGAGGUUGUCGGACGUAGAGUGACAGAACUAAAACCAAACUUGCAAUUAUUUUGAUUUAGCUGCUUCUCGAUGUGACGCACCAAUCGUUCUACUGAAAGUUGACCUCCAAGGGCUCGGCUGCCCCCAUCAGUGGACGGUGCCACCGCCGCAUUACUUCAUCCAAUUGGUUUUAUCUUAAACCCUAUUAUACCUAGUUUCGAUUUCAGGUCUUCUUAAUCUUAGACUUGUGUUGCUGCUGGUAAUUCAUUGCUUUCCGUAGUCAGAUCAAUUCAUUCUGUACGCCAGCUGAGUUGUCUGUUCACUUUUUUUCUUGCUCUCCUCACAAGCUACUCAACUUCUUCCUCUAGUACCGAUAGUGCCUCCAGGCUAGACGCAAACCGCUACACUUGAUCGUGUAGAUGAAUGUCACUAAACUCAUACGGCGUAAUAUCCAGUGUUGCUUGGAGACAAGUAUUCUGAAGGUAUGCACGUCAGCAAUGUACGGUACAAGGAUGUUGAGAAACAAUGAUGUUGAGUUGUGGGAAUUGAUAAGAAAAGAAAAAUGUAGACAACAAUCAUCACUUGCACUAAUUGCUUCGGAAAACUUUGUUUCUCAAAGUAUUCUUGAGUGUCUCGGCUCAUGUCUAACAAACAAAUAUUCUGAAGGAUAUCCCUUUGCGAGAUACUAUGGAGGAAAUGAGGUUAUAGAUGCUAUUGAGACACUGGCACAAUCCAGAUUAUUGGAUCUCUUUGGUCUCAAGAUUCCGGGAGCAGCGCUUGGUGAUGCUGCGUGGGGUGUUAAUGUACAACCCUAUAGUGGGUCACCAGCAAAUUUCGCUGUAUAUACUGGCUUACUAAAUCCCCAUGACAGGCUAAUGGGUCUGCACUUACCUGAUGGAGGUCAUCUUACACAUGGUUUCCAAACUUUAUCGAAAAAAAUAAGCGCUACUUCCAUUUUUUUCGAAUCCCUCCCCUAUUACUUAAAUAAGGAAACAGAAGAGAUUGAUUUUGAUGCACUACAGCGAGAUGCUCUUAAUUUAUUUCCAAAACUUAUAAUUGCUGGGAUUACCGCUUAUCCAAGAUUGCUGGAUUACAAACGCUUUCGUCAAAUUUGUGACUCAGUUGGAGCUGUAUUACUAGCUGAUAUGGCCCAUAUUUCAGGUUUAGUUGCUGCAAAAGUUAUCCCUUCACCAUUUGAAUACGCAGAUGUUGUGAGUUCUACAACACACAAAACUCUACGUGGACCACGCUCUGGAAUUAUUUUCUAUCGUAAACGAGAGAGAUCUAUGGAGAAACCUAGUGUAAACUGUUUUAUUCCUGUUGAUCAGUUGGAAACAAGAAUAAAUAAUGCUGUUUUUCCUGGUCUUCAAGGUGGACCACAUGAAAAUGCAAUAGCUGCUAUUGCUGCUAUGGCACUUGAGGCAAGUAAACCUGAUUUUCAGGAUUAUGCUCGUCAGGUUCUAUUGAAUGCUCAGGCUUUAGCUAAUGCUCUUACAUCACUCGGUAUCCGUCUUGUGACAGGUGGCACUGAUAUUCAUUUCGUUCUUGCUGAUUUAUCUAAAUCACCGAGUAAACCGAAAUUAGGUCGUGGUGAUGGAGCGCGAGUUCAAAUGAUUGGAGAUCUUGUUGGCAUUGUUCUAAACAAAAAUACAGUUGUUGGUGAUUCUAGUGCACAGCAACCAUCUGGUCUGAGAAUCGGCACACCAGCGUUAACGACUCGUGGAUUCAAAGAAAAAGAUUUUGAAAAAGUCGCUUCAUUCAUUGAUGAACUGCUUGAUCUGACAGUUUUGGUUAAGUCCGUCUCAAAAAAUCUCAAAUCUUUCCGACUUGUCCUUCAAGAAGAUGAAGACAUAAAAUCAAAGAUUAAGGAUUUACGUAAUCGUGUUGCUGAUUUUGCAUCAAGUUUUCCAAUGCCUGGAAUGGAAGAUAUUUGAAUAAAUCUAUGUGUAGAUAACAGUUUUUAUUUACUAGUGUAUCUUCUGUACAUUGGUUAAUGCUGCUCCUCAAACUGUGAUUAGGUUUAUGUUCAGUAGGUUUUGUAUCUUUUUUUGUAUGGUCGUUAGACUUUUCUUUUUAUUUGGUUUGUAAUCGUAGUUCAAUCUUGUGAUUGUAUUUUAUCUAAAUAGUGACAGGAAAUAAAUCUUUUAGUCAUAUUAAA